AUGGAGACGGGAAACCACGCAAGCGCCUCUGAGUUCCUCCUCCUAGGGCUCUCCAGCCGGCCCGAGAGGCGGGAGCUGAUCUUUGGGCUCUUCCUUGCCAUGUACCCGGUCGGGGCAGCAGGGAACUUGCUCAUCUUCCUGGCCGUUGGCUCAGACUCGCACCCCCACACACCCAUGUACUUCCUCCUCAGCAGCCUCUCCCUGGUGGAUUUCUGCUUCAUCUCUGCCACAGUCCCCAAGAUGCUCGUGAACAUCCAGACAAAGACUCAGUCCAUUUCCUAUGGUGGCUGCCUAGCCCAGAUCUACUUCUGCAUUUUGCUUGCCAACAUGGACAGCUUCCUCCUGACGGCCAUGGCUUAUGACCGCUACGUGGCUAUCUGCCACCCGCUGCGCUACUCCACUGUGAUGAGUCUGUGGAUCUGUGCCCUGAUGCUGGGGAGCUCCUGGCUCAUCGCCAGCUCCCACUCCCUGCUGCACACCCUCCUCAUGGCUCGGUGGAGUUGGCUGGAGUUCUGUGCCAGCAACGUCAUCUCUUACUUCUUUUGCGACCUCGUUCCCCUGCUCCAGCUCUCCUGCUCCAAAACCCAACUCAACCAACUCAUGAUUCUGCUGGUGGGGGGCCUGAUCGUCUUCAUCCCCUUCCUUGGCAUUCUCAUCUCCUACGUCCACAUCGUGUCUGCUGUGCUCAAGUUCCCAUCAGCCCGGGGCAAACAAAAGGCCUUUUCCACCUGUGGCUCCCACCUCACGGCAGUCAUCUUCUUCUAUGGGACCAUCACAGGGGUCUACUUGAGUCCCUCAUCCUCCCACUCAGCUGACAAGGAUUCACUGGCGUCAGUGAUGUAUAUGGUGGUCACCCCCAUGCUGAACCCCUUUAUCUACUGCCUGAGGAACCAGGACAUGAAGGGAGCUCUAAGGAAACUAGUCAGCGUGAAGGCUCCACCCCAUGGGCUGUGA